CCACUAUAUAGUUAUCUCUCUAAAUACAUGUCUUUCGCUGUAAACUAUUUCUUUCCUGACGACUUUGGAGCCUCGCCGAGGCCUGUGACUGUUUCUCUUCCUCGCCACCUUGCCAUAAGGGGGAGGGUUGGGUACUAUUAUGGGAACGAAUUCCAUUGUUGUGGUAAUUGUGGUGCCGGCGAUGGGAAUCGAACCCACCACCUCCAAAAAGCAAGGUGACCAAUCCCGCAUUUUCUUGGAGGUUGCCUCGGAGCGCUUACCACUACGCCACCG